UGUUACAACCCAGGCGGCGCCGCUGCCGCUACUACCUGUGACAAGGUUCACUAGCAGACGAUAAGCGUAACAACCACUUCUAUGUGUAGCACUCCUUCCAGCCACCGAAGAGCCUGCAUCGUUUCCAAUUAGCACUGCUCCAACAUGCGUACAAAGAUCGUGGAAUGCGUGCCCAACUUUUCUGAGGGCCAGGACCAAGAGGUUAUUGACGAGAUAACAAAAGCCAUCAAGUCGACGCAAGGCGUGUCUUUGCUGGGUGUCGAUCCAGGUUCUUCAACCAACCGAACUGUGUACACAUUUGUGGGCUCACCUGAUGCAGUCAUCCAGGGAGCACUCAAUGCUGCUAGGGUUGCCUACAAAUGCAUUGAUAUGACAAAGCAUAAAGGAGAGCAUGCCAGGCUUGGAGCACUAGAUGUGUGCCCAUUUAUUCCUGUUCAAGGCGUUGAGAUGGAGGAAUGUGUCUAUUGUGCCAGAAAGUUUGGAGAGAAGCUUUCAGCAGAAUUGAAUGUGCCUGUUUACCUCUAUGGCUUUGCAGCACAGCAGGACUACAGGCGUAGUGUGCCACAAAUUCGUUCAGGCGAAUAUGAAGGACUCUGCGAGAAGAUCCUAAAGCCUGAAUGGAGACCCGACUAUGGACCGGCAGAGUUUGUGCCACAGUGGGGAGCCACCAUGUCAGGGGCUCGCAAGUUUCUCAUUGCAUACAACAUCAACAUCCUCUCUACCAAAGAGCAGGCACACCGCAUUGCACUCGACAUACGAGAGGAAGGAAGGGGCAAGGGACAGCCUGGUCUUCUCAAAAGUACACAAGCUGUAGGCUGGUGGCUCGAAGAGAACAACAUUGCACAAGUGUCAGUGAAUGUCCUGGACCAUGACAUAACACCAGUUCAUGUUGUGUAUGAGGAGAUCGCAAGAAUCGCAAAGUCAUUAAAGCUAGCAGUCACAGGCUCGCAAAUAGUGGGCGUCGUUCCUCUAAAGGCCAUAUUGGCAGCAGCCGAAUUCUACAUGAAGAAGGAGAACCUUUUUGUUCUCGAAGAGGACCAGAAGGUCCACCUGGCCAUCAACCGGCUUGGGCUCAAUUCACUUGGCCCAUUCAAUCCGUCGGAGCGCAUCAUUGAAUACAUGCUGCCUGAUGACAGACUGGGGCCAUUGGCACAGAAAACCUUGUGCCAGUUCAUCCACGUAGUCGCAGCCAGGACACCAACACCGGGUGGCGGUUCUGUUGCUGCUGCUGUAGCCUCUCUCGGUGCUGCUCUGGGAGCCAUGGUGGGCAAGAUGACUUAUGGCAAGCGGCAGUGGGAGCGCUACGACGAGCAGAUGCGUCGACUCAUUCCCAUAAUGCAUCACACUAUGGAUGAACUGCUGCCCAUGGUAGAUGCUGACACAGGGGCAUUCAACGACUACAUGGCUGCUCACAAGUUGCCCAAGAACACCUCCGAAGAGGAAGAAGUCCGUGAAGCUGCAAUGCAGGCUGGCUUAAAAAAGGCCAUUGCUGUCCCACUGGGGGUGGCUCGGUCUGUCAGCAAGCUGUGGGACACCGCCAGGGAGCUGGCCUCCAUCAUCAACAUCGGGGCAAGAGCAGAUUUGCAGGUUGGUGCACGCUGCCUUGAAACUGGCGUGUUUGGAGCCUACUAUAAUGUCAUCCUGAACUGCCAAGGACUACAGGAUGAGGCUUACAGAGAUGAGGUUUUGAAAGAAAUUGAACAGUACCGGGAAGAUGCAAUAAAAGGUUGUGCUGAUAUACUUGGCAUUCUAGAGAAGCGCAUAUCAUAGGUGUGGAAAUGCCCACCUACGCUACUUAAAUCAAAGCAUUCCUGAAUUUUGCUGUCAACGAGACAUACUUUCGUGCAUGUCUACAUGUGAGAGACAAGUUUGGAUCCUGUUUACAGUAUGUUUAUACAUUUAUACACUUUUAUACCCUGUAGAUUUACCCUAUACACAUGUAUUGCAUCUUACAAGGCUCCUUGGCCAUAAUUGGAAUCAUGUUAAUGGAUGCUUAAAGUGACAAAACAUUUAUAUUUCCUGGGUAUAUUGUGGUGAAAGGCUUGUAAAGUCUCACUUUUGUGAUUGUAACGUGGGAGUGAAACUUCUGUUCAGACAAAGUCUAGGAUGGACUAUCUUGAUUUGGUUUUAUCUGCAGGUGUUUUUCCCUAAAGAGCUGUUUUUGCAACAUUAUAAAUGUUGUUUAAAGCAUAUUAUUUCAAUCUUAUUUUUCUUUAGCAUCUUACUUUCUUUAUUGCUGUUUCAUGACAUGUAAUUUGCAAGAGUAUUGUGUUCCUUAGACAUUUCUGUUUGUUGCUUAAAAGACAAAUGUUAAUGAAGAAUUUCUGCUUGAAUCUAAGAGAUAUACAUUGGUCUUAGUGCAUUUAGUGUUGUUGCAACAAAAAUAUUGUAGCAGCACAAGUAUAUAUUUUGCUCAUGGUUUGAAGAAUUGGCAGCUUCAAAUAAUUCCUAUAUGUACAAUCAGUAAGUGGAGCUCUUCUUGUUGCAAUAUGAAUGCAUCAAAAGCUUAACUUAAAGCUGGUUAACUUGAGAAUUCAGAUCAUUUCUGAUGUCUGCACAGAAUUGGUGAAUGUAUAUUUAACUAUGACAUCCAAGUACACAAACUAAUUGAACCAAGUGCCGCUUACUGAUGGCAUUAGCUAAACUAGGAAUAAAGUACAAAGCAUUUUUGCCAUGUCUUCAUGUUCCUUCUAAGGCACUAAAGCACAUUUGAAAGCUGGGCUAAUGAAUUAUCCUGUGAGUUAUUUCAGAACUGAAAUAUUCAUCGUUUCAAAGAGGAAGUUUAAAAACAAAUGUGAACCACUGAACAGAGGCCUUUGACACCUGCUGUGACACCUUGUUGCCAGCUUCAGGAGCUAGGCACAUGUUCCACUACAGAAGUGUAAGUGCAGCUGUUAGUUUCCUUUACAUUAGAGAAAUGGCGAUGAUCUGCUUCUUAGUCCACAGCUUUCACACUACCAUGGCUGAGGAGCACAAACAUUCCAUGUUUGUCAGUCUGUGAUCCAUGUGUGCCACUUUGAAGUGGAGCGCAUGGUGAAAAAAUUCUGGUCAUGCGGUAUACUUGGGCAUUAGAAUAACUGAUAAACAUACAUGUCUGGCAUGUCUGGCACAAAGCAGGACUGACAUUUUUAUUACCCAGACUAUGGUAGUGACAAUGACUGGUUCACUGGCAGAGCAGCUAGACUGUGGGCAGGACCAACACAUCCUAGAUAACUUGCCAUGCCUGCACAUCAUUUGAAAUGAAGCCGUGAAGACCCAUGUAAACAACAGAACACUACUAUAGUGGCAUUUUGUUUGGUUUAUCUUCACAAAGCAUGGUCUGCAGCUGAAGCACUGGUCUUCCUAGGGGGCGUUGUGUCACAUGAUGUGCUGGCUAGGUAGUUAUCUAAGAUGCUUUGGAAGGGCCUGCUCUCAAAUGCCAUUUGGAAUAAAUUCUGUGUGAAAAAUUUUGGAGGUGAGAUCAAGAAGCUGCAUGUUUGGGACAACUACUCGGUGCUUGUGUUAAUUUCUAUAAGCAUAUUGUGCCUUAUACAAAGGCAUCACUUGUACUGGUAUGAACACAGCUAUGAAAUGGUGGAAAAGUACAAGCUUUAGCAAAAAAGUAGCAUGGGUUUCCCCCAAAUGAAUAAAUUAGUGACCAUGAGUUGUCACAUAUACACUUUACAUGUUACCACAGCUGUAGGUAUCCGAGACUGUGGAGCUGUAAGCAUUUUUUUACAGCAUGCAUUUACUGAAAUUGCUGAAGUCAUACUUUACUGUUUGUUUGUGGUGGUGAAUUGUAUAUUAGGAAUAUGUUAAGUCUUUCAAGGACACGUCCUGCCCUUCAUAUGUCAUAUCAACCCAUGCUCAACAAGUACAAUUUGUACCAAACCCAUAAGCCACAUGGAGACAGCCAGCAGGACUGUAGCAAAGGUGUGGUGAACAAUAAUGGCAUAAUCAUGUGGUUGUGAUCAAAGUAUAGUGCUGUAUAUCCUGAAAACAGACUCCUGGUGAUAAAGUAUUUUGUCAAGCAUGUUCCUAUGUGUAGAGUGUCAGUGCUGUAUGACCAAAGCUGUAAGCUGCUUUUUUUGUCACACUGUGUGAUCAAAUGUAGAAGCAAUAAAGCUUGUAAAAAACAUAA